AUGGGGGGCUGGUCCCCGAUUUGCACCUGCUUCCCUCCGCAGGCCAGCUCCGUGGAGCAGCUGCGGAAAGAUGGCAACGAGCUGUUCAAAUGCGGGGACUACGAGGGCGCCCUGGCGGCCUACACCCAGGCCCUGGAUCUGGGUGCGACGCCCCAGGACCAGGCCGUCCUGCACCGGAACCGGGCCGCCUGCCACCUUAAGCUGGAAGAUUACAGCAAAGCAGAAACCGAGGCCUCCAAAGCCAUCGACAAGGACGGCGGGGACGUCAAGGCGCUUUACCGGCGGAGCCAGGCCCUGGAGAAGCUGGGCCGCCUGGACCAGGCCGUCCUGGACCUGCAGAGGUGCGUGAGCCUGGAGCCCAAGAACAGAGUUUUCCAGGAGGCCUUGCGCAGCAUCGGGGGCCAGAUUCAGGGGAAGGUGCGGUACAUGUCCUCCACGGAUGCCAAGGUGGAACAGAUGUUUCAGAUCCUGCUAGACCCCCAGGAGAAAGGCACCGAGAAGAAGCAGAAGGCUUCCCAGAACCUGGUGGUGCUGGCCCGGGAGGAGGCCGGGGCAGAGAAGAUCUUCCGGAACAACGGGGUGCAGCUCCUGCAGCGCCUGCUGGACACGGGGGAGGCCGACCUGAUGCUGGCGGCCCUGCGCACGCUGGUCGGCAUCUGCUCUGACCACCAGUCACGGACAGUGGCCACGCUGAGCGUGCUGGGGACGCGGCGGGUGGUCUCCGUCCUGGGCGUGGAAAACCAGGCCGUGUCGCUGGCCGCCUGCCACCUGCUGCAGGUGAUGUUCGAUGCCCUCAAGGAAGGCGUCAGGAAGGGCUUCCGAGGCAAAGAGGGCGCCAUCGUGGUGGACCCCACCCGGGAGCUGAAGGUCCUCAUCGGCAACCUGCUGGAGCUGCUGACGGAGGCGGGCGUCUCGGGCCAGGGCCGCGACAACGCCCUGAGCCUCCUGAUUAAGGUGGUGCCCCGCAAGUCCCUCAAGGACCCCGACAACAGCCUCACCCUCUGGGUCAUUGACCAAGGUCUGAAGAAGAUCCUGGCGGUGGGGGGCUCUGUGCAGGAGCCCCCCGGGGAGCUCGCGGUGACCGCCAACAGCCGCAUGAGCGCCUCCAUCCUCCUCAGCAAGCUCUUCGACGACCUCAAGUGCGACGCCGAGAGGGAGAACUUCCACCGCCUCUGCGAGAACUACAUCAGGCGAGCAAGGCGCCUCUCCGCUGCCGGGUCCCAGCCUGGGUUCUGGCUCCUUGUGGGGGGGGAGUUUGGGCGGGCAAUGAAAGGCUUUCGACUCUCCCGGAGGCAGACCCUCCAGCUGGGACGUGUGGACCUUCUUUCCCAGUUCCCUGUGAUGCCACCUCCAGCCCAGACCCAGCGUUCACUGAGCACUUACUAUGUCCCUUUGAACACAGCAACGGUGUCCUGCCUCCUGCAGGGCCCCUGCGACGCCGGCAACCGGGCCCUGGAGCUGAGCGGCGUCAUGGAGAGCGUGAUCGCGCUGUGCGCCUCUGAGCGGGAGGAGGAGCAGCUGGUGGCCGUGGAGGCCCUGAUCCACGCGGCCGGCAAGGCCAAGCGGGCCUCCUUCAUCACGGCCAACGGCGUCUCGCUGCUGAAGGACCUGUACAGAACAGCUCAGCGGCCAGCUGGUUCUUGCCUCUCCCUCCAGGGACUCUGUAAGCUGGGCUCGGCCGGAGGGACUGACUUCAGCAUGAAGCAGUUUGCCGAGGGCUCCACCCUCAAACUGGCCAAGCAGUGUCGGAAGUGGCUGUGCAAUGACCAGAUUGACGCGGGCACUCGGCGCUGGGCAGUGGAGGGCCUGGCCUACCUCACCUUUGAUGCUGACGUGAAGGAGGAGUUCGUGGAGGACGAGGCGGCCCUGAAGGCUCUGUUCCAGCUCAGCCAGUCCGAGGAGCGGUCGGUGCUCUUUGCGGUGGCCUCGGCGCUGGUGAACUGCACCAACAGCUACGACUACGAGGAGCCCGACCCCAAGAUGGUGGAGCUGGCCAAGUACGCCAAGCAGCACGUGCCCGAGCAGCACCCCAAGGACAAGCCGAGUUUCGUGCGGGCCCGGGUGAAGAAGCUGCUGGCGGCGGGCGUGGUGUCGGCCAUGACGUGCAUGGUGAAGACCGAGAGCCCCGUACUGACCAGUUCCUGCCGGGAGCUGCUGUCCAGGGUCUUCCUGGCUUUGGUGGAAGAGGCGGAGGACCGCGGCACGGUGGUCGCUCAGGGAGGGGGCAAGGCUCUGCUCCCGCUGGCCCUGGAAGGCACGGACGUGGGGCAGACAAAGGCCGCCCAGGCUCUCGCCAAGCUCACCAUCACCUCCAACCCAGAGAUGACCUUUCCCGGAGAGCGGGUCUAUGAGGUGGUCCGGCCCCUCGUGUCCCUGCUGCACCUCAACUGCUCAGGCCUGCAGAACUUCGAGGCGCUCAUGGCUCUCACGAACCUGGCGGGGAUCAGUGAGAGGCUCCGGCAGAAGAUCCUGAAGGAGAAGGCGGUGCCCAUGAUUGAGGGCUACAUGUUUGAGGACCACGAGCUGAUCCGCCGGGCGGCCACAGAGUGCAUGUGCAACUUGGCCAUGAGCAAAGAGGUGAGGCGUGACCCAGGCAGCCCCGUGGGCAGGGGUGCAGAGCUGCUGCGGCGGGCGGCCGCCGGGGGCCUGGCCAUGCUCACCUCCAUGCGGCCCGCUCUGUGCAGCCGCAUCCCCCAAGUGACCACACACUGGCUGGAGAUCCUGCAGGCCCUGCUCCUGAGCCCCAACCAGGAGCUGCAGCACCGGGGUGCCGUGGUGGUGCUGAACAUGGUGGAGGCCUCGCGGGAGACGGCCGGCACCCUGAUGGAGAGCGAGGUGCUGGAGAUCCUGUCCGUGCUGGCCAAGGGCGCCGAGGGCCCCGUCUCGAGGGCGGCCGCGGCUUGCCUGGGGAAAGCGGUGGAAUAUGGGCUCAUCAAGCCCAACCAGGAUGGAGAGUGAGGGGCCGUCAGCACCACUGCGCAUCGCGGCCCAGGGGACCAGGCGUGCAGCUGUGGCCGUAGGGGCUGGGCUGCC